AUGAGCAGCACCGCCCUACAAGAGAAGCGAAGACAUAUCUACAAAGAUCUCGUCAACCUGCACGAGAAGCUAGAGAAUGUCAAUGGUCCAUCCUGCCCUCACUCUGUUCUGGAAGUCAUAGGUAUCCACGAUGUCCUCGUCAAUAUACUCCCCACCUCCCUCCCCGAGUUCAGCCCGGUCUUCUUCAUCCCCCCGAAUAGAGAUUUCCAUCUCGAGACGCCGUACCCUCGCUCUACCCAGAUCUCGCAGACUCAUGGCGAAGAAGACAACGCUAGCCCCCCGAAUCUGAGAUACCCUUUCCUCCUGCAUCAAGCAGAUAACCGGCUGGCCAAUACUGUAGUUCCGAGGUGGUCGUCUGUGACGGGGUUCACUUCAUUCCGAAACGAUGGCGCAAUCACAAAAGAAAAAUGGUCCCUCCGGGACGAACUCACCCUAUACCAGGUAGACAGCGCCUCUCACUGGUGGAGGGUGUCCGAAGUGCUCGAGUGUCCCCACCAUACCCAUCCCCAUGUCGUCUUUGACUUGGCUUCCACGGAGGAUGCGCAGUCUGAUGAGCAGUCGAGCCUCGUGCUGCAGCUGAAGGUUGGUGAGAUUAAGUCGAUUAUUCGGAUAAUGAGGAUUGCCAUGGAGAGGGAGUAUAAUCGGGAGUGUUUGGUUGUGCCGGUCCUCGUCCUCUCUUACACACCUCCCAACUACGGCCGCAUCAUUCAAGCCCACCACACCGGCUCAAACCUCAUCAUCCAAUACACCCCGCGCAUCGCCUUCGACGACCCGGCCUUUUCCCCUGCGGAACUCUUCCUGCGCUAUUACUGCAGUAAGCCAGUACUUCCACUGGGUGGUUUGGAUCCGUGGAAGGCGAACUAG